CGAAAGGUUGACGCUACAAUUCGUGUCGUUUACGAUGCCCUCGUUACUGUCGCUCUCCGAUGAUCGUUUUUAUUGCCUCACGCUUGGAUGUUCCCGCGAACCCCUCGAGCCUAGGUUGAUCCCGAGGCAGUAUUUCCCUGUCGACAGGAAUGGCAGCAGUGGUGGAGAGCCCGCUUUCUUUUACAGGAACCGACAUGCGUGAAGAAACCAUGGGGGAGCCGCGGGACGCCGUCAUCUUCUUUGGGAUCUCGCUCGUGCUUGGGAUCGCUUGCCGACAUAUUCUCAAGGGCACCAGGGUGCCCUACACCGUCGCUCUUCUCAUUUGCGGCAUUGCUUUGGGGUCAUUAGAAUACGGAACACACCAUGGCUUGGGCAAGCUUGGUAGUGGGAUACGUAUUUGGGCAAAUAUCAAUCCUGAUUUGCUAUUAUUUGUUUUUCUUCCCGCCCUACUAUUUGAAAGUUCAUUUGCAAUGGAAGUGCAUCAGAUUAAGAGAUGUUUUAUGCAAAUGUUGCUACUCGCCGGACCUGGAGUUGUACUAUCGACCUUCUUCCUUGGAACAGUAUUAAAGUUUACAUUUCCGUACGGGUGGGACUACAAGGUGUCAUUAUUGUUGGGAGGUCUUCUUAGUGCCACAGAUCCUGUUGCAGUUGUGGCUUUAUUGAAGGAACUUGGAGCAAGUAAAAAAUUAAGUACCAUUAUUGAAGGAGAAUCUUUAAUGAAUGACGGGACUGCAAUUGUUGUUUAUCAGUUGUUCUACAAGAUGGUGCUUGGGAUGAGCUUCAAUGUUGGAGAAAUUAUUCAAUUUCUAUCACGUGUUUCACUGGGAGCUGUAGCCCUUGGUCUAGCUUUCGGAAUAGCAUCUAUACUCUGGCUUGGGUUCAUCUUCAAUGAUGCAGUCAUUGAGAUCACCUUAACUCUCGCAAUCAGCUACAUCACGUUUUACACUGCUCAAGGUGGGGCAGAUGUUUCUGGAGUAUUGGCAGUGAUGACUUUGGGCAUAUUAUUUGCAGUAGCCAAAACAGCUUUCAAGGGUGAUAAUCAACAGAGCUUACAUCAUUUCUGGGAAAUGGUUGCUUAUAUUGCGAAUACUUUGAUCUUCAUCUUGAGCGGAGUGGUUAUUGCUGAAGGUGUUUUAAACAACGACAAUCAUUUUGAACGGCAUGGAAGUUCAUGGGGAUACCUUAUUCUGCUCUAUGUUUAUGUCCAGUUGUCACGUGUUCUGGUUGUUGGGUUAUUGUAUCCUUUUUUAUGUCAUUCUGGAUAUGGUUUUGACUGGAAGGAAUCUGUGAUACUUGUAUGGUCUGGGCUACGUGGAGCAGUGGCUUUAUCACUCUCACUUUCUGUAAAACAAGCCAGUAACACGAGCCAACCUUUUCUAACCAGUGAACUUGGAACCUUGUUUGUUUUCUUUACUGGUGGAAUUGUAUUCCUAACACUGAUUAUCAAUGGGUCAACCACCCAGUUCCUCUUGCACUUUUUGGGUAUGGAUAAGCUAUCAGCCGCGAAGAUUCGUGUUUUGAACUACACAAAAUCUGAAAUGCUAAAGAAGUCUUUGGAAGCUUUUCGUGAUCUUGGAGAUGAUGAAGAGCUUGGACCAGCUGAUUGGCAAACCAUCCGAAGAUAUUUAACCUGUUUAGGUAACUUGGAUGUGGAUGAGAAACCACAUGUCAUAACUGAAACCGAGGAUCAUCUAAAGAGGUUGAGCUUAAGUGACAUGCGAGUACGUCUUCUAAAUGGUGUGCAAGCUGCUUAUUGGGCUAUGCUUGAUGAAGGAAGGAUAUCUCAAGCCACUGCAAUGAUUUUAAUGAGUUCUGUUGAUGAAGCUAUGGAUGUGGUGUCCACUGAGACCUUAAGUGAUUGGAAGGGCUUAAAGUCCAAUGUCCUUUUUCCAGGGUAUUACAGAUUUCUUCAGAUGAGUAGGUUCUCAUUGCGGCUGGUCACCUAUUUUACAGUGGCAAGACUAGAGUCAGCAUGUUCGCUUUGUGCAGCUUUUCUCCGUGCACACAAAAUAGCUAGACGGCAACUCCGUGAAUUUAUUGGUAAGUUCUUUUCUUUGUAGGGUAGACAACCGCAUUGCCCUUUUGCUUUUAGGGAUUUAUCUUAUACUUUACUAGAUCUUGAGAUAAGCCAGCUUCCUGCAGUAGAUGUUAUUGGUGCUUAGUUCUUUUUUAUUUUAAUGUGAUGACACUUUUUCACGCAAUGUUUUUUAAAUGUUCAUAAGCAUACUUCUUAUGACAACUGAUUCAUCAUCCAAUAUGGCUGACCUUUUUUCUUCAUCUACCACGAUAUUGUUAAUGUACGACCCUUGUUAGAAUAUGCGUCAAGUAAUGAUGUACCGAUGCUGUAAUUUAUCCUAAUUAGAAUUAUAAAAAUGUCACUGAAAGCAGGGCCCAAUAAGAUCACCAUGUUUUCUCUACCAACCCAUCAGA